AAGCUAAAUCUGGUUUCAAACAGUAUGUAAUGCUGUACACUAGUGCUUGCGAUUAUAUCUGAACAUUGACUUCUGGAUGUGGGGUAUCUUUAUAUCCAUGUUCUUAUUUUGUUUUCGGAAAUUUGACCUCUGUUUAAUGAAAUCAGGUUUUCCCCAAUGCAGCAGAGUGGACAUGAGAUUGACUGUGAUGUGAUCAGAUCUUGAAAUAAAUCAAUGUUAAUCAUAAGACAGAUGGAUGGUCGCAGUUGAUUAGUGGCUUAAUUCCAUAUUUCCAGAUCAUACGGCAUCGAUAAGAAAUUGUGUUUCUGGUGAGAUGAGUGGAAACAGAAGACGAGGUUCUAAGUGGAAUUCGAAAGAGGAACACCAGCAUUCUCUUGAAAAUGUACGAGAUAGAGCUUGGCCUGCAAAAGCUGGUGUGUCUUUUCAUGAUAGAGAAUCAGCAGACAGAUAUUUCUCUUCAGAGGUUGGUGGGAAGGACAAAUGGUCUGCUGUCGGAGUCGGUGACAUGAUGAAAUCUAAGCAUGGACAGCCUAUCAGGGAAUCUUUACAUGGAAGCAGAAUUGGCGAAAAGGAUGAUAAUAAUGACUUUGUCAAAAAUGGUAACACUGUAACUCCAUGGGACAGGGAUGAGACCUACAGUAGGAAAAUAUCACCUGGUCUUGACGAUUGGAGGCUUAAAAAACGACACAGUUCUCCUAAAGGUGAUUGGAACAGGUCUCACAGAAGCAGUAGGAGCCGGAGCAGAAGUCGCAGUAGAAGCAGGAGCCGGAGUCCAGUUUGUGGAAUUAAGUGGCAACCAGGAUUCCAUGAGAAAACCAGAAAAAUAUCUGGAGUUUCAACUCGAUUAUGUAAAGAUUUUAUGUCUGGGAGAUGCAGGAGAGGCAGUCAGUGUCACUUUCUUCACCAAGAUAUUCAAAAUCACGAGGAUGGUUGGGAUAAUAGAAAAAAUAGAGCUGGUGCUUCAAAGUAUAUUACUCACGAUGAUGGUAAAGAUUACCCCAUUAAGAGUGGAAGGUCUACUGAUUGUUGCACUGAUUAUCUGAAAGGUAACUGCCGCAGAGGUGCAUCAUGUAGGUUUGCUCAUGAUGGUGCUACUGAUGGCUUCAGUAGAAGAAAAACAAAUGAGGUAAGUAGUGAAAGGGAACAUGUCAAGAGGAACCGAGUUAGAACACCAGAACGUGAUGGUGAGCGUGAAGCUCGUAGAACCAGUGAUAUUCCUUGCAAAUACUUUGCUGCAGGAAAUUGUCAUAAUGGAAAAUAUUGUAGGUUUUCUCAUCUUGGUCAGUCACGUGCAAGCCCUGAAAGGUCACGUGGUGAGAGAGGUGUAUGGGGUCCUAGCCCUGUUAGUUUGGAUAAGUUGCACGAUGGUGCAACGUUGAGAGAUGCAAAUGAAGCUGAGAUACCCUGGACUGGUCCAAAAUGGAGUGAUCUUAAUGCUUCAAAUGAUGUGAACAACUCAUGGACUUGUUCAAAACAGAGUGAUGCCAAUGACGGGAACAACUCAUGGACUGGUUCAAAAUGGAUUGAUGCAGGUGCCUACAUAGGGGCUACAAAGUUGAGCAAGGACACAGUUGAAAAUCAGGGUGCCUCCAAACCAAGAUACUCUAAUUGGUCCAUGGAUGAGACAUGGCAGCAAAACUAUGAUCUCGAUGGAAAGAACAUUGAGGGUAACAUGCAGCAUAAAACAGUUGGUAUUUGCAAGGAAGAAGGAUUUCCUAGGAAGAUAGAACAUGCUGGUGAUAAUAUGGGUGUAUCUGAACCAAAAGGUUCCAAGGAGUUGCUUGGUGAUAUGGAAAUGUCCCCAGAGUGGAAUUAUAGGAUCCAAUCUUCUGUUAAAAAGGAACAUUCUUAUAGUUCAAAAUCAACUCCUGUCGAAACACUUUUACCUACUCAAGAAAAGAAUAUAGCUAAAGAGGCCAUGGGUCAGGUGCAUGAUGGUUUUGCAGCUUUGCAGCCAACAUUAACUGAGAAAUCUAGCAUUCAUCAGGACCACACGAGGGGCAGCUGUGCUGUAGCACUGCCAUCUGUUAGCAGUGCCCGUAGCACGAAUUCUAAUUCAGACAUUGAUCUAAAUUUGUCUACCAACGUAUUGCCAUUGCCAAUCUUUGACCAGCCUGGGCCAAGUCCAAGUUCUGUGCCUUAUUCAAACUUAAAUGCUGUUGCAAAUAGUCAAUUGUUGAUCCCUUCUAAUGAAGUAAAUAUGAAAGGUACCCAACGUAGCCUGCUGUGUCAAGAGGAGAAAGCGAGGAACAAACUAGAUGCUGGGGAUGCAAAUAUAUUACACGGUAAUUCUGGAUCUCAGACUAUGGCAAUCAAUGAGCAGGUCACCCAACUUACCAAUCUUUCAGCCUCUCUAGCCCAGUUAUUUGGAAAGGGACAGCAACUUCCAUUGCUUCAGGUUGCUCUUAAUUCCCAUGAUGGAAUGCAGGUAAAUUCUUUUGUGAACUCUGGAGGUCAUGUUGAGUCAUAUUCUGUGCCUACUGUACAGCCAGGUCAAAACAUUAUAUUCUCAAAACAAUACGACCCUAUAUCUGAUGGCAUUGAGCCUGCCAAGAAGCAGGGCACAGAUGCUAAGCCUUUGGUGUUUACAGUACAUCCUGGUGCAGAGAAAAAAACGGCAGAUGGCCAAACUGAACUAUCGGCUAGUAAGUUGUUAUCAUCAUCUCUUUUGGGUAAUAGCGGUGAUGAUUAUCAUAAUGGUAACAGUUCCAAAAGAGAGCCUGAUCUCGAUAGCGAUAAGCCAAACCAGCUGGAGCCUGUUGCAAGUUCUGAGGGGAAGAAGGAAAAUGGAGGAGUUGAGGAAACCAAGAAAGCUGAAGGGGAAAAUGGCCCAUCAGAGAAUAUAGAUGCUGAUGACAGGACUGGUGAGGGAAAGAAAAACAAGGAUGGUAAGGGAAUCCGUGCUUUUAAAUUUGCACUCGUUGAGUUUGUCAAGGAUCUCCUCAAACCAACAUGGAAGGAAGGUCACAUUGGCAAAGAGGCUUACAAAAACAUUGUGAAGAAAGUUGUUGACAAAGUGAUUGCCACUUUUCAAGGGACGAACAUUCCUCAAACACCUGAAAAAAUUGAUCAAUAUCUGUCGGUUUCAAAACCGAAGCUUGGCAAACUUGUACAGGCAUAUGUGGAAAAGAUUCAGAAAAAAUGAAAGAAACCGGGGAUCCUCAUAUCUUUUCGUGAUAUUAUUCUUAUGGUGACAUAUCGGAGCUAUGGCAACAUCCGUUUUUUGGCCUCCUGUCUAGUUUAUGUACACACAAAGAAUACUAACGUCGUCAAUUUAUAUUUAUGUUUAGUCCUAAGAAGUAGGUUUA